CGGCUGCUCCCUGCUGACUGGGGUGUGGGCGGGGAGCGGCGGAGGGAGGAGGAGGCGCUGCUGCCGCCGCCGUUGCCUCCGCUGCUGGGCGCUGGGCAGCUCCCCGGGCUUCUGCGGCUGCCAUGGACGAGCAGGCGGGUCCCGGCGUCUUCUUCAGCAACAACCACCCGGGCGCCGGCGGUGCCAAGGGUCUCGGGCCUCUGGCGGAGGCGGCCGGCGACGGGGCGGCUGCGGCGGGGGCGGCCCGAGCCCAGUACAGCCUCCCGGGGAUCCUGCACUUCCUGCAGCACGAGUGGGCCCGCUUCGAGGUGGAGAGAGCCCAGUGGGAGGUGGAGCGGGCGGAGCUGCAGGCCCAGAUUGCAUUUCUUCAGGGUGAAAGGAAAGGCCAAGAAAAUUUGAAGAAGGAUCUUGUGAGGAGGAUCAAAAUGCUGGAGUAUGCUCUUAAACAGGAAAGAGCCAAAUACCACAAGUUGAAAUAUGGGACAGAAUUGAAUCAGGGAGAUAUGAAGCCUCCAAGCUAUGAUUCUGAUGAAGGUAAUGAAACAGAGGUGCAGCCACAACAAAAUAGCCAGUUAAUGUGGAAACAAGGUCGUCAACUACUCAGACAGUAUCUACAGGAGGUGGGAUACACAGAUACUAUUCUAGAUGUGAAGUCUAAACGAGUGCGAGCUUUGUUGGGCUUUUCAAGUGAUGUCACGGACAGAGAAGAUGACAAAAAUCAGGAUUCACUUAUAAAUGGCACAGAAGGUGAAGUUAAAGAUACAGCAAUGAUUGGGAAAUCUGAGUUAACAGAUUCUGCCUCUGUGCUGGAUAAUUUCAAAUUCCCUGAAAGUGCAGCUGCAGAUUUCAGUGAUGAAGACGAAGAUGAUGACAUUGAUGGACGAGAGAAAAGCGUCAUUGAUACUUCAACAAUUGUUAGGAAAAAAGCAUUGCCUCAGAGCAGUGACGAUCGAGAUACAGAAGAAGCUCUAAAGGAGUUUGACUUCUUGGUUACAUCAGAGGAAGGCGACAGUGAAUCUAGAAGUGCAGGUGACGGAACAGACUGGGAAAAGGAAGACCAGUGUCUCAUGCCUGAAGCUUGGAAUGUGGACCAGGGAGUAAUUACCAAACUCAAGGAACAAUACAAAAAGGAGAGAAAGGGGAAAAAGGGGGUGAAGAGAAAAACUACCGAAGAUCUGUUUCAGCCUCUAUCCUAUAUAAAACAGUCAAAACAGGGAUGUGGGAGAAUGAAGAAUCAAGUUUCAGGGCCCAAUAGGUCAAAACUACAAGAUAUGCUUGCUAAUUUGAGAGAUGUUGAUGAACUUCCUUCAUUGCAGCCAUCUGUGGGUUCACCUUCCAGACCCAGCAGCUCCAGGCUUCCUGAACAUGAAAUAAAUAGAGCAGAUGAAGUGGAAGCACUGACAUUUCCUCCUUCCUCUGGGAAGUCAUUCAUCAUGGGAGCAGAUGAAGCCCUUGAAAAUGAACUGGGACUUGGAGAAUUGGCAGGGCUCACUGUGGCUAAUGAAGCAGAUUCACUAACAUAUGACAUAGCAAAUAAUAAAGAUGCACUGAGGAAGACAUGGAACCCUAAAUUUACGUUAAGAAGUCACUUUGAUGGCAUUCGAGCCCUUGCUUUCCACCCCAUUGAGCCUGUUUUGAUAACAGCAUCAGAAGAUCACACAUUAAAAAUGUGGAAUUUACAGAAAACAGCCCCAGCCAAAAAGAGUACAUCUCUUGAUGUGGAGCCUAUCUAUACAUUCAGGGCUCAUAAAGGUCCAGUGCUCUGUGUGGUGAUGAGCAGCAACGGUGAGCAGUGUUACAGUGGUGGUACCGAUGGACUGAUCCAGGGCUGGAACACGACCAACCCCAACAUCGACCCCUAUGACUCCUAUGACCCUUCUGUUCUAAGGGGCCCUCUGCUCGGCCACACCGACGCCGUCUGGGGUCUGGCUUACAGUGCAGCUCACCAGCGUUUGCUGUCCUGUUCAGCAGAUGGCACUCUUCGUCUAUGGAACACAACGGAGGUUGCUCCAGCCUUAAGUGUGUUUAAUGAUAAUCAAGAAUUUGGAAUCCCUGCCUCUGUGGAUCUAGUAAGCAGUGACCCGAGCCUUAUGGUAGCAUCAUUCAGCAAAGGAUAUACAAGCAUCUUUAACAUGGAAACACAACAACGGAUUCUCACUUUAGAAUCCAAUCUAGAUACGACAGCCAACUCUUCCUGCCAAAUAAAUAGAGUCAUUAGUCACCCCACUCUUCCCAUCAGCAUCACUGCUCAUGAAGACAGGCACAUCAAAUUCUAUGAUAACAAUACAGGCAAACUCAUCCACUCAAUGGUAGCCCACCUAGAAGCCGUUACAAGUUUAGCGGUUGAUCCUAAUGGCCUGUACUUGAUGUCUGGCAGUCAUGACUGUUCAAUACGUUUAUGGAACCUAGAAAGUAAGACAUGUAUCCAAGAGUUCACAGCUCAUCGGAAAAAGUUUGAAGAAUCAAUUCAUGAUGUAGCUUUCCACCCAUCCAAAUGCUAUAUAGCCAGUGCUGGGGCUGACGCACUGGCUAAAGUCUUUGUAUGAUAGAAUGCAUCUUCUUCACCUCCUAUCUCUUUAUAAAUAACCAACUGCACAAAAGAGAUACAGAAGACCAGGGAAAGAAUCAACGCAUUCUGCCCUUUUGUUCUGCUGAAGGAGCACAGAGAACAUUUGUAAAGUAUAGUUUUACAAUUCGUAUAUACUGUUUUCUAAAACUAAGGUUUGUUCAGGUUGCUGCAAGCUCAGCUGAAUCUGGAGCCUGAAAACUGUUUGUUUCAGAUUUUCCCCAAAAUAGGAACUUUUAUUUCUGGAGUAGUUCUAAUUCGCUAGGCAGGCCUGAGCGAACAUAGGUUUAGCUUGUCCCCUGUUGAGUAAAUAGGGCACGUUAUAAAGGAUAACAAAAAGCUCCUUGGCUGGGAAUGAGUAGAGGAAGAGCGGAAAUUUAGACCUAGUUCUCCCCUGAGAAGUCUUGUUAAACACAUUAGGUAGUCAAAACAGUAAUCUAUACCAUAUCUGCUGUACUAAUCCCUAUGAGCAUAAUGACCAGGCAGUGUUAAAAUGAGUUUUUAAUCUAGCUCUCUUUUCAGCUGUUCACAUACAGCACCUGGCAAAGCAUUUUACCUAUUAGGGGGGAAAAAAGAAAUGCAAUAAUAUGUCAAAUAUAUUAUUAUUCAGAAAUGCUAAACAGAUAUUCAGUUUGUAAGCACAUUUCUGUAUUGUAUUACAUUUUUGAAAGUGGAUUUGGAAUCAUUCUAAAAUUUAGUUGUCAAAAAUACUUACCAUUGUGAAGAGUAGUUGAUAGAGUCUGCUUUUACUAAAGGAUUUAACUUAAUUCUGUUUAUUUUUAAGGGCAAGUAGGGCAUAUAAUAAUUUCUAUUAAUUUUAAAACUCACUUUAUUCACAUGGUAUUUAUAGUAUCAGAGUGAUUAUUUCAUAUAGAUAAAAUCUUAACUUUUCAGUGGUUGAAAAGAUGGUGGUUAUUUGCAAGUACUCAUUUAUCAAAACCCACAUAAUCACACUUUAGAUGAUCUCUGCUCUUUCUUCUUUGUCUCUCAUAUUCAAAUUAUCUGACACUUAUUGAAAAAAUACUUCAUAAUUAUGUUUUAACAGUCCAAAGGGUAUGGUUAAUCUCAGCUGCUUUUGCAGACAUACUAAAUAAAGCAAAUGUUUUUUACCUCAGAAGUCCUCCAUUAGCAUCUCCAAUAAGAACCUCUUGAAAAUCUGGAUGGAAGGGUUCAGUGUAUAAUGUUGGGUAAAUAGUUCUCUCUCUCUUUUCCUCUCCCUACCCUUCUUCCAUUGUUUAAAACACAUGUUUAAUGGCCAGUAAAUCAAUAUUAUUUCUGGGGGAAACCAUAUAUUAAAGGACCAGGGGUCCCUGAGCUCCUUGCCUUUGACCAACAUGUGGUCAGCUCUUGGGAGUCCCAUGACCCACUCUCUGAACCUGGUAUUCAGACCUCAUCCCUGCAACUCUUGCCUCUCCUCACACACUCUUGUUCAUUCAGAAUGUCAGAGACCAAGCUAGAAAUUAGAAAUAAAUUACUAAUGUCCACCUUUUCAGUAAAAUGUAUAUGUCGUAGGCUCUCAGACUUUACAAAAUCCAUAUCCAUAAAUAUCUUAACCUUUUAUACAAUUCCUACAUUCCUGUCCCCACAUAUUCCAUUGUCAUAACACUUGCACUUCUAAUGAUAUUUCUCCUUGAAGAAGUAUCAUGGUGUUAAUGUGGAUAACUAACUGUUUUUUCUUUAAAAUUACUGCUUGUCUGCUUCUAGAAAUCUGCAAUAUACAGGCAAAUUUUCUUUAAAGUUAAGGGCCUGUGCUAAAUGCUUGGUUGAUAUACAAUAUGCUUUAAUAUUUUGACACAGCUACCUUGUCAUUUCAUCUGAGCUUUGGUUAACAGUGGGCUCAAGGAACUCUUGUAUAAUCAAAUGAAUUGACCUGGACAUGAGCUACCACAUCAUAGCUGAGCUAUAUACCAGGUGGAUGUUUAUAUUCUCAUGCAGAUGUGGAAUUUCACGUUGUGUUUGUGGAAUUCCUCUUUUGGUUCUUCACAAAGUAAAGUAAUGCUGUUGCUAACCUGACAUUUGUAGAAAGAUACUGGAAAAUGCCCACCAGAUGCCCAGAUGCCCACCCUUCUUGUAUUUAUGAUGGACAACUACAAAGCUAUUGUUCUGCCAGUUAUUGCUUUAAUUACCUUCCAUGGUCUUCAGUACCUUCUUUACUUAUGCCACUGAAAUUCUCAAAACCAAGACUUUUCUCUUCAUCUGCAUUUUAUAACUCACAGCUGAAUUUUUCUGAUAGUGAGUGGAAAAUAACCACGAGAUAAUGUAAACAGUAGUGUAAGUGAUGGAACUGUUGAAAGUUCCUUAGGAAGCCAAUGCUGUGCCACUGGAGAGUGUACACAGAAACAGAUUCCUCUCUACUAGCGCUGUGUGAUGUCAGCCUAGAAUUGAGUCAAAGUGUCUUCCAGCCAGAUAGAAACAUAUUCAUGUAUCUGAUUUC